ACGAAAACAAAUCUUGUCAAAACAUGUUCCCUUCUUAUAAUUUACAUUGAUAUUUAAUGUUUUGGGAGUUUAGAUUCUAAUUAUUGUUAAGAAUAUUCAAAAUAAUUACGUACUGGCAUUGGUAAAUAUUUGUGGCAGAAUCAGUGGAUCAUCAAGAUGGAUUCCACUGUUUCUGCCCAAGCCCAGCAAAAGUUCAGUAACCUCCGCCGAAGGCUUGAUCAGUUGGGCUACAAGCAAUCACUGGGAAUAGAAUCCUUGCCUCUGGUGGAGAAAUUGUUUGUUGACCUGUUGCAUACCACGGAAAGUCUCAAAAAUGCAAAAAUUGAGCUGGCCAAAAAGACUGAGGUAUACACAGAUGUAGACUCUGCUGUUGAGCCAUACAAGAGUGACAAUGCCAGACUUAUAAGGGAGAAUAAUGAAAUUCACAUGACUUUAGUGAAACGAAAGGAAGAAUCUGAAGCAGCUGUGAGAGAGUUGAAAGCUUCACUGCGAGAUAUGGAACACAAAAAUGCUGACUUGAGAUUUCUCAACAAUCAGUAUGUUCACAAAGUGAAGCAGCUAGAGAGAGAAUCUAAAGAUAAAUCAGAGACUAUUCUGAAGUUACAGGAAAAAAAUUUCCAUGCAGUUGUCCAAACUCCAGGAGGUCGAAAGAAAAAUAUUCCAUUUAGAAGACAGAGAAUGGAAAUAGAUCAAACUGUGCCAGAGAGUGACAUCUUUGGGUUUAAAAUUCCUCCACCUGAAGAUCCAUAUGUUGCUGAUUUGUUACAGGUGGCUGAUGCUAGAAUAGCUGAACUGGAGGCUGCUGUUAAUUCUGCUGCUGAUCAAAAGGAGGUGAUGGACAGAAAGCUAAAGAACUUUAGAGAACAGCUGUCUAAUCGUGAUGCAGAGAUAGACAGACUGACCAGAAUGUUGGACGGAGGACGACCAAGUGAUGUUGUGGCCCUGGAGGCUAAGAAUCGGGCCAAUGAGCGAAUGAUUUCACACCUCAAUAUUCAGAUUGAUUACCUUCAAAAUAAGAAUCGUGAUUAUGAACGGAAGUUAAGGGAGGCAAACCUUGAGCUGGAGACUGUACUCUCUGACAAGGAGCGUGUGGCCAAGAAACUCCAGGCUGAUAAACAGAUAGUUGUUCAAGCUGCCGACAGAGAAAUGAGUGAAGCCAAGGAUGAACUGGAGAAAUCUCGCUUUGAGUUGGAAGACAUGGAUCUGACGGUGGCCCAGCUCAAAGCUGAACAAAACAGAUUAAUCAAAGAACUUGGAGACCUAAAAGCAAGACUGUCCACCAGAGAGGCAGACAAUGUUCGGCUGGAAGGUCUGCUGGACAGAGUGACAGAAGAGAAGAAACGUCUUGGACAGCGAGUCAAUAAACUUACAGCCAAUGAAAAAGAGCUAGUCCUUGAGAUAGAGAGGCUGAAGAAGAAAAAUGGACCAGUAAUCAAGAAAACCAAGAUUCCCAGUAAACUUGAUAUGUUCAUACGCAGCAUAGAAGAAGACAGGGAUUACUACAAGACCCAGUCAGAGUUUUUAGAGGCUCUCCUAAAGGGUGAAGCCCCUAUCAGUAACCAGAAAGUCCCUCUUAGAGCACGAUCAGCAUCAUCAUCAAGGGCACAGAGUCCAGCUAGGAAAGAUACAGCAGUAAAAUCUAACAAAAAGGAUGUAGCACAGUAUGAGGCUAUCAUUAGAGUAAUGGAAGAGGAGAAAGACUACUACAAGAAAGAGUAUGAAGCUCUAAAAGCCUCCCGCCGCUCAACGCCUCCAGUUAAAAUAGUUCCUAAAAAGAGUGUGGCUGAAGAGGUAGAGCUGGCCAGACUGACCAGAGAGAGGGAUGAGCUCAAGUCUUUAUUAGACAAGUUUGAGAGGCACAUGUCAGAGAUUCAAGCCAAUGUGAAAGUGUUGACAUGUGAGAGAGACAAACUCAACACUAUGUAUGAAGAAAGUAAAGAGGAACUCAUGAAGCUACGCAGAGAGAUGAUUUCUUCACCUAAACAGUCUAAGACUUCCCUCGCAGCCCAGGCCAUCCUGAGGAGGAUAGAAAAUGAGAGGGACGAUGCCAUCUCUGAUCUGAGAAGAAUGACUACAGAGAGGGAUAGCCUCAGAGAGAGAUUGAAGAUAGCAACAGAAACAUCGCUUUCAGAUAGAGCAAAGCUGGAGCAGCAAGUAGAAGAUUUAGAGACAACAUUACACACAGUUGAACAGGAGAGAAAUGAAUUAACUAUCAGAAUGAACACACUCAAAGAUGAAAUUAAAAUCAUGGAAGAGCAGAUCAAAGAUCAACUGAUGAGGUUGAAUGAAGUGGUGGAUGAAGCCACAAAGAACAAGUCAAAUGCUAAUCAAAUGAGGCUUCUUGUUGAAGAGACUGAGAAAACAUUAGAGGAUGCUUCACGACGACUCACAAGACGGGAAGAAGAACUACAGAGUCAGGGGGAGAGGGUGGGGAGUCUGGAAGAGAAACUAUUAGAUCUUCAGAGAUUAACUCAGGUUCAGAAAGAAGAAAUAGAUGUCUUGAGGUCCAACUUGAAAUCAAUGGAUAGAGAGAAGGACUCUUUGCAGACAGCUGUUGAUGAAAAAACAGAAAAAAUUGCUCACUUGAAUAGUCAGAUACAUGACAGGGAGCGUUAUAUUGGUGAUCUAAAGUUGAGGAUUGGAGAGGUGGAAGCACAGCUUGAACAUGCUAAUGAAACCUUAAACCUGAAAGAUAGAGAGCUUAAAAGUAUGCGUCGACAACUGGACUCCCUUUCUGAGGAUCUUACUGAGACAGCAAGAACAAAGGAUGUCACUGGUAGAGAGAACCGACGUCUGCAAGAUGAUUUAGCUGUAAUGACCAAAGAAAACCAGAAAUUGAACCAAGAACUAGAAGAUGCUAUUGAAGAGAAGGAAGCCUUAAAGACGCAGGUCCAACAAUACAUAUUGGAAGUGAGAAGAUUUGAAGAUGCUCUGAGCUCUAAAGAACAAGAGAGGUCUGAUCUUCUUGACCAGUACCGCAAGCUCUCUGCAGAGGCAGAGCAGUACCAGACAGCCAGCCACCAGUUAGAAAGUGAGGGCUCCAACCUCAGGCUAGAAAUAAUGACCAAAGAUUCAGAGCUGAGAAGGUACAGAGACAAAGUGGACACCCUAGAGAGAGAAAUACAGGAGCACCUUCAGUCACAUCAAGCUUAUGAGAUACAAGUGUCCAAUCUGACAAGGUCUGUAGCUCACCUGGAGGAGAAUCUGCGGGUAACAGAAGAUGACAAACAAGAAUUGCUGUCUGAUGUGUCAGCUGCCAGGGAACUCUGCUCAAGGCUUGAAACCAGCAAAGAAAACUUAAACAGACAGCUGGCCGCUAUUGAGAUGGAUAAGGAACAACUUCAGAAUAUUAUUGCUGACCUGCGACAGGAAGCUGAAUGCCUGAGGUCACAGAUUGAUGAUGAACGCAACCAGGUGAAGAGUCUGGAGAGCAUCCUUCAGGACAACAGAGAGAAAGAUUUCCACAGCCAGUUGUCAUCACAGGAAAAGAACACAGAGAUUCAGAUGUUGAAAGAUCGUUUGUCAUUGAACGAAAGCAAAUUACAAAGUCAGAGCAGGGAAAUAGCCUCACUGAGAACAAGAAAUGUGGAGCUAGAAGGUGAUAUUGAAAGGAUGAGAAGACAGCUGACCAGUGAAAGGUUUGAAAGAGACAGGGUUGUACAGGAGCUACGCCGUAAUGGGAUUCAACCACCUGUCAUGAUUAGUGACUAUGCUGGCACUCGAUCACUCAGUCCAUCCAGGUCCCGCAGUCCAGGUCGUUCAUUUAGUCCCAGUUCCAACACUAGGCCUAGGUCAAGAUCUCGAUCGAAGUCCCCUACUGUUAGGUUUCGAACUAGCCCCAACACUUCCUUGCUGAACACAAGUCGGCGCAGCUACCUGUAUGACGAUGAUUACUCUUCUACAUCCGCCAAGACACCUUAUUCCCAAGACCUUCUUUAGAUUUAUUUAAUGGAUACUUCAGCAUUGUACUUUAAUGUUUUUAGUGACUUUGUUCUAAUGUUUUUUAAUGGUGAUAAAAGAAUUUACAGAACAUGUGCUUGAAUUGUCAUUGACACUAGAAUUUUAAAAAAUAAUAAUUUUUACUGCACAUGAUGCAUAGUCAAUGUUAUAAUUAGAGCCUUUCUUUGGUAAAAGUUUCAGUUGAUGUGACACUUUUAGCAUAUGUUUUUUUUUUUAACAGGUCACUUAUUGAUCUUUUUUUACAAUUUGAAGCAUGCAGAAGUUUUUUUUUUAUCUUACUUUAGUUUUUAAUCACAUUUAUUCUUUGGUAAUAUUUACUAAAUAAUUAGUUCAUACAUUAAUAUUUUACAUGCAAAUAUGUUAGAAUUAUGUUGCAAAUAUCUUUGAUAAGUAAUUCUGAUACCAAGUCAGCCACACUUUAGCCAUUUAGAUUGAGGUUAGGACCAAGACAAUUAGUUUGUAGUUUAUGUGCACUGAGCAGAUGCAAACAUUUCCAAACCAUAAAAAAGAAAGACACUUUCUAUAUCGUUUCAUAUUGUAAGAAUGAAAUCUCCUCAAUUUCCUUACACAAUGUCCAUCUAAGUAUGAAUUGUUUUAAGUACUGUAUUUCAAGACCAUACAAUAAUUGAAUGGUUGACACAUUUGAAGAACAUGAUUCAACAUAUUUAGGCUGAACCACAGUCUCCAUCUCCAAAGUAUUUCAAGAUCAUAGGAAACAAAGUUUGAUUAUGUAGUUUUGUGUACUAGACUUGGUCCCAGACAUUUGAGUUCAAUGCAAUGAUGUGGUAAAGAUAUUGUUUAAUUUAGUUUGUCCAAUGUUGACUGUGUCUACACUUUAAAUCUAUGCACAUGUAACAAAGAACACUAUUCACUAGCUGUCAUUUCUUCUAUCAUACUGUAGUAAGUCAGAUUAGUUCAAUACUUCCAGUGUUUGUACAGCAUAUACAUAUAUUUUUAUAUAAUGAUAUAUUUCAAGUUAGAUGACAGAGAUGUAGCCGUAUGUGUAUGAUUGUAUAUUACCUCAGCAAUUAAAAAAUUAUGAACUUUUUUUUUUAAAUGUCUUCCAGAAAAAGAAAUUUAAGGAAAAAAAGACAUUUUUAUUUAGACUAACUAAUAUCACAGAAAUGAAUUGCUUCAAAGUUUAAACUUGGCCUGUGACUUAAGUGGAAAAUACUAGUAGAGCUUUCACCACUGUCACAACUUGAGUCAAAGCUGCAGGCUGUGAUAGAUCUUUUGUCAUAUUUUUUAAAUAUUUUUGCUUUCUACUUAACUUGUUUUUUUUUUAAGAUUUACAUUGAAAUUUAAAAAAAAAAAUGGUUUUAAUCUUUUUUUUUUUAAACAAAAUGAUGUUUAAUAGAUUACUUAAAAUUUAUUUUGCAAAGAUUUUAGCUGUUACAUAAAUUAAUGUGUAUUAUUUUUAUAAUUUGUUGUUGUUGCAGUCUUAUUAUUUUGUAAAAACUAUGAAUGAAAUGAACAAAGAGAUAAACUGUAACAAAGUCCACAGACUAGACAAGUUUGAGAUUGUUCUAAAUAUUCUCUUUUUUAUUGUCAUAUCAUUUUUACAAAAUGAAAGCAAUUGUAAGUUGAGUCAAGAGGUUUAUGUUUUUACAUGACAUUAAGUAUUGGCAAUGGUUACAAUAAAAUUUAUAACAAAUUACCCAGUCAAUAUCUGUCUUCUAGGUUCUAAGAACUUUUCAAUCAAAAUUUUAUUUUGACAAAUAUGUGGGGAAAAAAAAAGGGUAUCAAAAAGACUUGCUGAGCUUCAAGCCCAUUCUUCUUACAUACGCUGUGAAAUAUGAUGCAACAUUUCAAUUUGUUGCUUUUUAAACUCCGUCCACUGAUUAUUUAUUUAUUGGUUUUGAUAAUGGUUGA